CCGCUACAACGACAACCACGCACGCACGCACGCACGCACGCCUGCGCCGCCAUUGUGUCCCGGGACAAGGCACGGCGACAUCUAAGCAGGAAGAUGCCAACGUGACAGCAAGUUCUUGGAAUUUGAUAUAAAAAGCUGGUCUCUGUAAUGCCGCCACCAUGGUCUUUUAUCCACCGCUUCCAUAGGCAGUCUGCGCCCGCCAUUCUCAAUCCAAAAACAUGGACGCAAAACACCAUUCUAGUCGGGAAAUUCUUCUUCGUGGGCCACAUCGUCUUCACGUACAUUGGGGGCGUGGGUUCCACAAGCGGGAUAUCCAUGGUACCCACGAUCCCGCACUCGUUCGGGUCGCACCCGUGGAUUGUGUACUCGACGCUGCACCGGCGGGGCCGCGGGAUCCAGGUCGGUGACGUGGUGACGUUUACGCAUCCGCUGUUUCCGCAGGAUAGCAGCUGCAAGCGCGUGGUGGGCAUGCCGGGCGACUUUGUCAGCGUGGUGACGCCCGGUCGUACCGACGCGGAUGUGGAUGCUGUGGAUGGCGAGGGCAAGUGGGCGAGCGUCAGGGAAGAGGUGGUUAGGGUGCCUGAGGGGCAUUGCUGGGUUCAGGGCGAUAACCUCGAGUGGAGUAGGGAUAGUAGGUUGUUUGGGCCGUUGCCGCUCGGCUUGGUCAGGUCAAAGGUGCUUGCGGUUAUUCUGCCGUUUAGCGAGGCGAAAUGGGUGGGGAGUAAGGUUGAUGUUGUCGAGGCUCAGGGAGGGGAGAGAGACUGGGUCGUCAAGCCAUGAUAUGUCUGUUGUUGUUGUUGUUGUUGUUGUCUAGCAUGUAGAGUUUAGUUA